AUGGUAGGUGUCCCCCGAAGUACUGGCUGCCAGACGUGUAUACGGCGAAGAGUCAAGUGCGACGAAGCACAACCAGAAUGCCAGCGUUGCCAGAGGAGAGGGCUCUCAUGCCCUGGAUAUGUGAAGGACCGCAAGUUCUACGCCUACUCCAAAAAGGCCUCAGUCGACCAGGGUGAAGAAACAACAAAACCAACUAUUCGUCCAUCGCAAUCCACACCCAAAGAUCUUACCGCCACAUCAUCGAUGGACCAGGCCGUAGCGCCCAGUCUGGCCGCUAAGAACAUAGAUCUACAAUGUCGCGAGGGGUUCUGCACCUUCCUCGACACAAAGUAUCGCUACCAGUACUACGGACACAGCUGUCGCCUCCGCGUGACAUGGUUCGACAUGGUUCGCAGCAAUCAAUAUUCCGCCGCCGAGGCGUUUAACUGGGGUCUCCGCAGCGUAGGCGCCUUGCAGAUGGGACGUGCGCUGCAAGAUUACCGACUCGUUCAUGCUAGCCGCGAGAUGUAUGGUCGUGCUUUAUACCACCUCGCUCGAACAUUGAAUCAUCCCGCCCUGGUCACGGCUGACACCACCCUGGCCGCGGCAAUUCUCAUUGGCGGGUAUGAAAUGGCCAAUGUCACCGGGAAGAAAGCUUGGAUGCUUCAUUCUCGUGGUAUUUCGCAUCUUUAUCAGAUUCGCGGUGCUCAGGCUCAUGUCGGGGGUAUGGGUCGAACGCUUUUGUUAUCGUUUCAGGGAUUUCUCGUCUACGAGGCCCUUUUGAAUGGGGAAAGGUGUUUUCUUGAAGAUGACGAAUGGAAACAGAUCAUCCCGCAGAUGAUCGAGGACGAAAAGCGGCGUGGAAAGGUUAGUCGCUUCGGAGCUUUGAUCGACUACGCAGGCUACGAGAUAGCACGCUGUCCUGGCUUUGUGAAACGCACACGGUCUCUCGUUGCAAACGCUGAUGCUAGCGACGACGAACGGAAAUCCUUGGUCAAUUCUAUCACGGAGUGUCAAAAUACAUUAUAUCAAUAUCAGGCUGAGAUGACCGCCGGCGUCACUGCGAGUCAACAGUCACAAGAGCCUGAUUUCGCCGGGGUCAUAUCUGCAGAUCUCGUGGGCCCAUUGUGGGAUUACUCAAUGCAAGGCGUGAAUGCAGCCAUCGCGAUAGUAGAGCAGCUUUUGACUGUUCUGCAAGCUGAUCGGUCCCGGCGCAUGGUUGUAACGGUGAGAUCAGGAUCAGGACAGCGAGAGCAUCGACCGGGGAAAAAUGCAUGGGACGCUCUUGAUUACUCGUCAAUAUCACGGUCCAUUGCUGCAGGGAGGCGUUCUGGGCAAGCACCUGGGCCCCAACAACGUGAGGAUUUUGAAACGUGGUUUGAUCGUGUCUCCAUGACCAUGGGAAUGUUAGAGGAAACAGCUCCAUUCAUUAAUUAG